AGGGUGCCGGCGAGCCCAAGCGCCCGAGCUCGGCGCACCCAGCUGGCCGCGGACGGGCCAUGGCGGAAGCCAAGCUAAAGCACCUGUCGCUGCCCUCCGGGCUGCUGGAGCUGUGCGCUCUGCUGGGCGCCCCCCAGGAGAGCCUCCGCGGCCUGGAGCAGGCUGCCCAGAGAAGGGGAAUCGGAAGCCUUUCUCCCCUUGACCCGGAGGUCCUGUCUGUUUUUGUGCCUCCUUUCAUCAGUAAAGAGGACAGUCAGAUGGCCGGUGCAAGCUGCGGCACUCUGGGGAAAGGCAGAAGGCGCUCCUUCAGGAAGAGGAGAGAGAAGCCCAAGACGGAGCACGGGAAGGGGGGCCCGGGAGACCCCAAAGGGCUGGAUUCUGCAGACAUCAGCAUCCCGGGCGGUGUGGACCUCCUCGCCCUGCCCCAGCUGUGCUUCCCAGCGGGCGUGUGCGUUGCCUCAGAACCAAAGGAGGACCAGGUGCAUUUCCUGGUGCUGACGGACAUCUGCGGGAACAGAACCUACGGCGUGGUUGCCCAGUACUAUCGGCCCCUGCACGAUGAGUAUUGCUUCUACAACGGCAAGGCCCACCGGGAGCCGUCCGGGCCGCCCGCCAGCGCUGCCGGCUGCUUCGUGCCCUUUGCGGUGUGCGUGGUCUCCAAGUUCCCCUACUACAACUCCCUCAAGGACUGCCUCUCCUGCUUAUUGACUCAUUUGAAGCUCUGUAAGGAUUUUGAAGUUGACAAUCACAUAAAAGAUUUUGCUGCGAGACUGUCCCUGAUUCCUACUCCACCACCUGGACCACUCCAUUUGGUGUUCAACAUGAAGCCCCUGCAUGUCGUGUUCCCCUCCCGAGCUGACCCCCAGAGCCCUGUCAUCGACCUGGACCUUCACCUGCCCUUGCUGUGCUUCUCACCCGAGAAGGUGCUGCAGAUCCUGACCUGCAUCUUGACGGAGCAGCGGAUUGUGUUCUUCUCCUCCAAUUGGGCUCUGCUGACGCUCAUCGCCGAGUGCUUCAUGGUCUACCUGCACCCUCUGCAGUGGCAGCACACCUUUGUGCCCAUCCUGUCGGCUCAGAUGCUGGAUUUUAUCAUGGCACCUACGUCCUUUCUCAUGGGCUGCCACCUGGACCACUUUGAAGAAGUCAGCAAGGAAGCUGACGGCUUGGUUCUGAUAGAUAUUGAUCACGGGAGCGUCACCUGCUCCAAGUCCUCUGAGUGUGACGUGGACAUUCCCGACAUCCCUCUCCUGGCGGCACAGACGUUUGUUCAGAGGGUCCAGAACCUCCGGCUGCACCCCGAGCUGCACCUUGCCCACCUGGGCUCCAGCACAGACCUGAACGAGGGCCGAGCCCGCAGGCGAGCCUGGCAGCAGACACUCAACUGCCAGAUCCAGCACAGCGCCCUGCAGCUGCUCGUCGGCAUCUUCAGGGAGGUGAAGGACCACGUGAAUUACGAACACAGGGUGUUCAACAGCGACGAGUUCCUCAAGACGAGGGCCGCAGGGGAGCAGCACUUCUACAAGCAGGUCUUGGACACCUACAUGUUCCACUCUUUUCUAAAAGCUCGGCUCAACAGAACGAUGGACGCCUUUGCUCAGAUGGACCUCGACACCCAGUCUGAGGAGGACAGAAUAAGCGGGAUGCUCGUCAGCCCAAGGAGACCGACGGUGCAGAAGAUGGCCUCGCGGAGGCCCUCGCCCCUGGACAUCACCCACAGGCGCAUGGUGGUCAGCAUGCCUGACCUGCAGGAUAUUACCCUGCCUGAGCCGCUGCCCAGGAACUUGUCCCUGCGGAUAUCAGACACCACAAGCUACAGAAGCAGCAGCGGCCCAGUUCUGAAUGUGGCCCCUAAGUGCACGUACACCUUCAAGAUCCCAGAGGUGCACUUCCCGCUGGUGAGCCAGUGCGUGCAGGCCUACCACAGCGACUUCGUCAGCCUGCUGAGCAAGGCCAUGGGCCUCCUGGCCCCCGACAACUCCGUGCUCCUGGCCAGAUACUUCUACCUGCGUGGCCUUGUCCAGCUCAUGCGGGGGCAGCUGCUGAGUGCCCUCUCGGAUUUCCAGAACCUCUACAGGACGGACAUCCGGAUCUUCCCAGACGCCCUCGUCAGGGGCAUGGUGGAGUCCAUGUCAGUCCCUGAGCGCACCCAGGCCGAGCAGACGCCCGAGCUGAAGAGACUCAUCACCCAGGUGCUGGACAAGCCGGGCGAGGCCCCCAAGGUGGACGACCCCGUGAAGCACUUCGAGCUGCCCAAGAAGCACAUGCAGCUGGGCGACUUUGUGAAGAGGGUGCAGGAGUCUGGGAUCGUGAAGGACACCAGUGUCAUACACCGGCUGUUCGACGCACUGACCGUGGGACAUCAGAAACAAAUUGACCCAGAAACAUUCAGAGACUUCUACAACUGCUGGAAGGAGACAGAAGCAGAGGCCCAAGAGGUCAGUCUGCCUUUGCUGGUGAUGGAGCAUCUGGAUAAAAACGAGUGUGUCUACAAGCUGUCCAGCUCUGUCAAGACCAGCCGCGGCGUCGGUAAGAUUGCCAUGACCCAGAAGCGCCUGUUCCUGCUAACAGAAGGGAGGCCGGGCUACGUGGACAUCUCCACCUUCCGGGACAUAGAGGAAGUCAGAAGCACCACGUCCACCUUUUUCCUUCUGAGGAUACCCACUUUAAAAAUCAGAAUGGCGUCCAGGAAGGAAGUGUUUGAAGCGAACCUGAAGUCGGAGUGCGACCUCUGGCACCUGAUGGUGAAGGAGAUGUGGGCUGGGAAGAAGCUGGCCGAGGAGCACAAGGACCCCCAGUACAUCCAGCAAGCGCUGACCAACGUCCUGCUGAUGGAUGCCGUCGUGGGCACACUGCGGUCACCUGGUGCCAUCUACGCGGCCUCCAAGCUGUCCUACUUUGAUAAGAUGAAGAGUGAAAUGCCCACGGCGUUCCCCAUGACGACCGCGGAGACCCUGAAACACAAGAUCAGCCCUUGGGUGGGGGAGACGGCGCCGCAGGCGGUGGACGUGCUGCUGUACACUCCAGGGCAUCUUGACCCAGCAGAGAAGGCAGAGGACGCCCGCCCCAAGCUGUGGUGUGCCCUGAGUGGGGGCAAGGUGACCGUGUUCGAUGCCUCCUCCUGGACCGUCCACCAGCACUGCUUUAAAGUGGGCACCUCCAAAGUGAGCUGCAUGGUGAUGGCGGAGCAGAGCCAGGUGUGGAUUGGCUGCGAGGACUCCGUCAUCUACAUCAUCAACACCCACAGCAUGUCCUGCAACAAGCAGCUCACGGACCACCGCUCCGCGGUCACGGGCUUGGCCGUGCAGGAUGGGAAGAAGCCCAGCCAGGUCUUCUCCUGCAGCCUGGACGGGACAGUCCUGGCGUGGAACGUGAGCACGCUGCAGGUGACCAGCCGGUUCCAGCUGCCAAGCGGAGGUCUCACGUCCAUCAGUCUACACAGUGGCCAUCUGUGGUGCUGCACAGGUGACAGCAUCUUGGUGCUGACCCUGCAGGGCACCUUCUGCCAGGAGCUGAGGAGCGACGAGACCCCGAGCAACACACGCACCUCUUUCGUGGGCUUCCAGCUCUUCCACGAGCAGGAGCAGCUCUGGGCGGCCUGUGUGGGUCACAGUGAGGUCUACGUCUGGAGCUUGAAGGACCUGGCCCGGCCGCCGCAGACGGUGCCCCUUCAGGACUGCUCCCAGAUCCACUGCCUGCUGCUGGUGAAGAGGCAGAUCUGGGUGGGCGGCAGGGGACUGUCACAGGGGAAACUCAAGGGGAAAAUCUACGUGAUCGACGUACAGCGGAAGACCGUGGAAAAGGAGCUGGUGGCACACGCGGACACCGUGAGGACCCUGUGCUCUGCAGAGGACAGAUACGUGCUGAGCGGGUCUGGCGGGGAGGAGGGCAAGAUCGCCAUCUGGCAGGUGGAAUGAAGGCAAAGGGCCUGCUGGCCGCCCUGGGCGGGGACAGCACCUUCUGCAGCCUUCCCCUCCGCAGGAGCCUGAGGGGCAGGGGUGCCAGUGACGGGCCCCGGCCCUGUGCGUCUCUGGACGGUCUGUGUGGGUGCUUGCUCAGGCUGGCCGCCACAUCUCCUUUCCCACUACCUCUGCCAGAGGUGUCCUGUGCCAUCUGCAGAGUUCCAGAACCCACGCCCAGGGGACAGCACUGGGCCCAGAGCCGACCAGGCUGGCCUCUCCUUCGCCUCCCUCAUCCACUCCACGAGUCAUGUGGGCAUCACAGGGGGUGUGGCGGGCACAUGGAGGAGCACCAAGGGCUGCGGCCUCCAUGACUGCUCAUUCUGGGGAGGCUCUGGGGAGUUUAGGAGCCCAGGCUGUCCCGCCAGAGCAGGUGGCUGGGGCUGCCCGAGGGGCGGGGCGGCGCUGUGAUCUGUUGUGCAGACUGGGGGACUAGCUGGGGCAAGCUGCUGCUGCUUUUCUUGUUAAAGUAAGAUUUCUAUAAUGAAGAAACCCAGAGACUCUGUUUCACCACAAACUUCGGCAGGUCUGGGUGGGGAGCCCGUGGUCCUGCCUGGGUGCAGAACCACUUACCAGUCCUGCCUUCCCAGGCCACUCUGGGCCUCCUGCGCAUGCUGUGGACUGACGUGCUGGCGAGGCUGCACCACCCGAGAGGAGCUGUAGAUAGUCCAACGCUCGCAAGGAGGUCUGUGUAUAUUUUCAUGCUGCAAUUGAGAUUUCAUUCCUGAAAUGUUCUGUAAAGAAGGUUUGGGCCUUGUUGCUGGACACAGAGGGAACAUUUGUCCACUGGCACAGUUUUGGCUUGUGGCCAGUCCAUGGGCUCAGCCUUGGGGUCACCUGGACACUGUCAGGUUUUUGGGACUUAGCUGGACACAUGCUAAUCUUGCUCGCCAAGGGCUGCUCAGGGUGUCUGUGGGCCCCCGGACCAGGGCCAUGCUUGGGCAGCACCCGGGUGCCACGUGAACACGAGCCCCUAGAUGUGGCUGGAUCUACAUUUUGAAAGGCCUGCAUCACCGGACAGAAUGUUCCCUAAGUGUGGUUUUGCAUAGCCACCAGCUUUUCAGUGUCCUGGAACAUGGCACAGAGAAGGGCUCAGGGUUGCACCCUGCUUGUCUGUGUUUCGGGGGCGCUCCCGACAUCUGCAAGGCGGGGCUGACAGCAGAGGCCAGAGGUUGAGCUCUGCCUUUGUAAACACGUGCGAAUGUCCAGGGAGAGUCUGUCAGGAAUUCAGUAACGACUGUUUAAUACCAAGCCAUGUGUAGCCAGGUGUCUUCAGUGUGAAUAAUAAAUUCUUUAUUUAGUAACUGCUAAUGUCCAGUUGAUUUUUGCCAUCAUCAACUGGAAGAGGUCUCCAGGCAGCGUAGGACCAUUUUGAACUUGCUCUUGACUCAUGCCAAGCACCAGAUAAGUUAUCUCACUGCAGGUGAUAAUUUCCAGGAUUGUGUAUGAUGGUGAUUGGGUUUGAAACAACCAGUGCAGAACCACAGGCUUUUACGAGGUGGUCAUUUAUGUAAGAGGGAGUGGUGAGCACCCGAAUCGAGGGGCAGUGGGCUACAGUGAGUGGCCGUUGCGCUUAUGUAAACAGUCCUUGCUGAGCGCUGGCUGGGAUGGAAAGGGCACCUCGAUGCCAUCAGGGUCCACCAGGAACUGCUCAGAGGUUCCACCUGGGCUGCUUUGCUGGGCUCUCAUGAAAAUAUAUAAAAAUAUAUAAAACCGAGAAAGCUCCUGCAGAGGGUUGAAUGACAUCAAAGGUAUGUCCACAUCCUGACUUGACUUGGAGAAAGGGUCUUUGUGGAUGAAAUGAUGAUCUCAAAUGUGGGCAACUGGCCUGAGGAGGCGGGGACAGGGGCACACAGGGAGAGGCCUGCGUAGGUGGAGCAGAGGAUACAGAUGCAGCCAAGUCAGCCGGCAGCCGUGGGGGCUUAGAGGAGCAGGACGGCUCACCCCCAGAGCCUCCAGAGCCCCCCACACCUGGAUUUCACUCUGCGGCCAACAGAACUGUGAAGAAUCUAACUUCUGCCAUAGGAAGUCGCCCAGGUGGUGGUCACCGGUUAUGCAGCUGCAGGACACUCCCAUGGCUGUUGUGGAGCGUUUGCUCUGGGCAGGGCUUGCCAGGCUUUUCAAAUGCACUACCGUGCCUGGUGCUCAGAACACUUACCACAUCGAGGAACACUGUCCCCACGUGAUCUGUCAGGGCCCCCUGGCCCCAGCAGUGACAGCAAGGCUGCAGGGAGCACCUGCUCCUCAUUUCCCCGGAGUCGAUGGUUCUUCAGGGGCUCAGGGCUGGUCUGGCUCUGACGGGGUGGAGGGAGGUCCUAUCAGCCAGUCUCCUAGCUCUUAGGGGGUGGGAGACGGGUGGUCCAGAGUGUCAGUAGCCCCUGCCUCUUAGCCUGUGUCCUGGGGCAGGGAGGGAAAGAAAAGGGAAAACAGUGGACAACACCAAGAGUUCAUUCUGUAAAGAAUGAUGAACUAUCAAGAUUGCUCAAGGGAAGAAAAAACAGUGUCAUAUUACAUGAUUUUAAGCUUUACUAAAAACCACAGGAAUUAAGACACCAUAGGAUUUGACCUGAUGGCAAAUGCACCCACAAAACAGAGUGCAGGGUCUAGCACAGUCCGCAGUCAACUGACUUUCGGGAAGAAAAAGUCGAUUCAGUGAGAAACCUGCUCAGCACACAGCGCCACCCCGGCUGGACAGCGAAGAGAGGACGACGCUGAAGAGCAGCUCAACCCUCUCCUCACGUGAAAAUUCAAUAACAAAACUUAAUUCAAGGAGGUUCACAGAUCUAAAUGUAAAACUAGAAGUUCUAGAAAGUAGCCUAGGAGAAUGUUUUUGCAACCUAGUGCAGACAGAGAUUUUUUUUAGAGAACACAGGAAAAAAAAUCUGAAAUCAAAAGAAAAAAUAGAACCACUUACCUGACUGGCAAAAGCAGCCAGACACAAAACAGGUGGCACUUACCGGGCUGGUUGGGUUCAUGGCUGUCUGGGUGGCAGUGAACUGGCUGCAGUCCAGGGAGUCCUGGGCAGUGGGGCGUCAGUUUCUCAGGUGCCAUUUGUCAAAACUCAUAGAACUGCUGACUGCAUACCUGUUGGUUUUACUGUGUGUGAAGUAACCGUGGUUAAAGCACAAGACCCUGACCAGCGGUGUGGGGUGCUAAGCGCUGGUCAUGCAGGGCGUCAGCCAAACCCAAACGGCUGCACAGUGCAGAACCGGAGUGUCCGCUUUUUGUAAAAUAAAAACUUCUUUUUAACAUUA